AUGAAAUGUGAUGGUCAGUACUCCGAGUCAGAGUACCAAAGCAUUGAGCGAAAGAAGUCGGAGUUGCGGAAUAAGGUGCAGGAGGCCCAAGCCCGUAUGGCUCAGCGCGCCCAGUGGUAUGCGGGGGAAAUGGCUCGUCUAGCGCAGCAACAAUCCCUGGAGUUGCUUCAGGAGCAGUCUCGUCUAAGUCAGGUGGAGCGCCAACUGGAUAAGUUAACACAAGCUCAGAGCGACAUGACGGUCCGGGCUUGUAUGGUGCUGGAUCGUCUCGACGAGGAGGAGGGGUAUGCGCCGGAUGAACCUGAGCUGCCGAUAGCUCGCGAGUUCGCUUUCGACGAUGGACAGUUGGAUGCUUUGCUGGCGUUGGGAACCACUCAGGGUGAUCCUUCCUUGUUUUCUUUAGAAGCUCCUUCGAAAGGGCUGGCCGUGCUUAACGCGUUUUCUGAGAACUUUCUCGACAUCAUAUUCCUCGGGUGCUAUCUCCUCAUCUAG